AUGGCUAGUAUUCCUCCAGUACAGCUAAUGAAAAAUCCGUCCUUAGGAAAUAGCACUACUACUGAAGCGAGUACUACUCCGAGUGCUAAAUCCAGAUUGGCGAGAUUAGGAGUACCAUUUAAGAGCGACCCAUCUCCCACAGACACAAGAUCGUUUUCAGUGGAGAAGUUGAUUGCGGCUCUUCAUGAUGAUUCCAGCCGAGAACUUGCUCUCGUUCUGCUAUGCAAGGUUAGAACAAGUCAUGAAAAUUUGGGUCCAAUGCUGUGGGAUAGCAAUGGAACAAUAUUUUCACUCCUGAAGGAAAUUAUGCACGUCUACUACGUUCUUUUAACUCCACGCCUUACAGAAAAAGACUCAAACCGAGUGUGCAAUGUUCUUGCUUUGCUUCAGUGUGUAGCUUCCCAUCCAAAUACAAGGAAGCGGUUUAUGGACGCUAAUAUUGUGGAAUACCUGUACCCUUUUAUUAACACAACAAGCCAGGAAAAGCCUCACGAGUUCCUUAGGUUGACCAGCUUAGGAGUUAUUGGUUCCUUAGCAAAGCAAGAUAAUGCAGAUGUUGUUAACGUCCUUCUUGAGGGUGACAUAGUUUCUAAACUUCUACUUUGCUUGGAGUUCGGCAAUCAAUUGUCAAAAACAUUGGCUGCAUUUGUACUUGAAAGGCUUCUGACAAUCGGAGAAAUGGGUCAAGUGUACUGCUGUGCUUCUGCUCAAAGAUUUUAUUCGAUAACCCGAGUUUUGGGACAAAGGAUUGAGGAACUCGUCGAGGAACCCUGCCAGCGCUUACUGAAACAUAUCAUUUGCUGCUAUAUCAAGCUCUCUGAGAACCCCAGGGGAUGUGAUGGUUUAGUGUGGUCUCUCCCGAUGAAGCUUAGAGAUGACACCUUUCUUGUGCCACUUAAGGAUGACCCAACAGCAUUGAUGUGGCUACAAACAUUAGCUCGCAAUGUCACUUCUGGACAUCGCUCUACGAUACAACCACCACUGGCGGAGCCAUUUGCGCGCUCCAUCAAAGGGAAAGCGGUAAUGGGGUCUCCCCUGCUCGGUCGGAAGAACUAG